AAUGACUGUUAUGUUAUGCAAAUUAAGAGUUGCAUCAUGUGCUCUGAAGUGGACGACUCUAUUUAGUAAAUACGUGCCCUGAGUACGUGACUGUACUUUAAACUCUCUGUUGUUUAAACCUGGUGACUGGAAUUGUUUGAACAUGGACCCUUCGUCGUGGUUGUCGAGUGGGUGGGGCUGGGUUCUGGGGGUGAGUGGGGGCGAUGCCUUUACCAUCCGAGUUUGGGGCUCUUUCAUCAUCUCGAUGCUCAUCUACUGGGGGUUGGGAGGCUUGUUCACCAUCGUCGACCUCACUGGGAAACCUGAGUGGAUGCUGAAAUAUCGAGUACAGGAGAACGUCAAGAGCUACCCCAUUUCCAAGGCCCAGUUUUACGACUUGCUCUGGGUAAUCCUCCGCAAUCAAGGGAUCAUACUUUUCCUGCUCAUGGGCAACUUUUACCUUGAUCAGAGCAAGGGUCGCCUUCCUGCUCUAAUCGCGGCAGAGACUCCGAGUCUCUUUGUCUGUGUCGCCUCCCUCGCCUUUUGUCAACUAGUUCGAGAGGUCACUUUCUACUACUCCCAUCGACUCCUUCACCACCCACUCAUUUACAAGUGGAUCCAUAAACAGCACCACACCUGGACCUCUCCCGUGGCGAUUGCAGCAGCAUAUUGCCACCCCCUAGAGCAUAUUUUUAGCAACGUCGUUCCGAUUGCUUUAGGCCCAGGGUUGUUGCAGAGCCACACCAUCAUCCUCUGGGCGUAUACUGUGUACGCCUCCAUUGAGACGCUCACCGUUCACUCUGGAUUUCACCUUCCGUUUUUUAAGUCCCCAGAAUUUCAUGACUUUCAUCACCUCAAAUUCAACGUCAACUAUGGAGUGACUGGGUUGAUGGAUUGGCUUCACGAGACGGACGGGCUUUUCCGAAGCUCAAAGCAGUUCCUAAGACAUCGCCGCACGUGGACCACAACCCCAAUCAAAGUCGCAAUCCCUUAAUAAUCAGGCCACAAACAAAGUUUUUUUCCUAUUUCUUCUUUAUUAUACACUAUCAUUGCAUUAUCAGCGAUAUAUCCUGUAAUAAUUUAUUCGAAAUAAUCAAUGGCACACAACAACGCAAGCUUCGACAAACACACAAAUUAUGUAACAAAACCCGACUUGGACAUUACGAGAACACAUUACGAGUACAUUAUUAUUAUUAUUAUACAGCAGGUCAGUUGUACAUGUACAAAUGAAAUGUACACGACAGUUUCAAAUAUAAAAGUUAUACAUCACAAACUCA